AUGGCGGAAGCCUGUUUUGCCCUAUUAGAAGAACGUAUUUUAGACCAAAGCAAAGCUGUAUAUCAAAUUAGCCUUCAGCCAAGAACACAUUUCGCUAUGAACAAUAAAAAAGAAUGGGACAUCAAUGACGCCAUUGUACCACAAGUGUGUGAUGGGGAAUUUGAUGAGUUUUGCGAAUGGACCGAUGGUCAUGUCCGCCUGGUUUAUUCUAUAACAAACGAAGAAGCUAAAAAACACAUUUCCGGUUGGGCAAUGCGCAACACAAACAAUCACAAUGUAAACAUAUUGAAAAAAAGUUGUUUGGGAGUUUUUGUUUGCUCCAAAGAUUGUGUUCUAUCGAAUGGAACCAAAGUUAAUCUUCGUCCGGCUAUAUGUGAUAAGGCACGUCGAAAACAAGAAGGUAAAUUGUGUCCGAAUAAGAAUUGCCAUGGUGGUAGAUUGGAAAUCAAACCAUGUCGCGGUCAUUGUGGAUAUCCUGUAACACAUUUUUGGCGUCAUUCGGGAAAUGCUAUAUUUUUUCAAGCUAAAGGAGUUCACGACCAUUCACGUCCGGAUCCGAAGAAUUCAACAGUUUCAAAGAGGGCUUUUGGUAGGAUGUCAACGGUAGGACGGGGUGUGGGUGGUGGGACUAAGAGGAUGAGUGCUCUUUAUAAGGAGACUGUACUUAAAGAAAAUAAGGGGUACAAUCAUACUCACACUCAGAUUAUGCAACCAACUACAAUGGAUAUUUAUCAAUUCAAUGUGUGUGGGAAAUGUUCGAAUCAUUUGCCAUGUGCCUGCACAACAACAAGUACCAUCUAUCCAGCAGCAUAUGUCCAGCCGAUUUCUUCGUCAUCGCCAUCGCAUGUCUUCCAUUAUGAUAUUGCAACCGAACAUCGACCCAAUAGUGUUGCAGGCGUAACUUAUACCACAAUAAGUUCCAAUAAUUGUGAUUACCAAUUUGAAUACAACCAUCAGCAUCAGCCCGUCCUAAAGCCUUCUCCAACAACACCCCUUAUAUGUUCCAGUAUUAUGGAAACUCCAUCCACAACACCGUAUAGUGAUAAUCAAUUAGCAGCUUUCCGCCCGAUACACAGUACUAACAACAAUAACAACAACACCAACACAAACAACAAUAACAACUGCAAUGCAGUUAGCAUGAAUCACAGUGAUAAUGGUACUUUGAAGCCAUUCACAGGAUUUCAAGAACCUAGUUCUGUACUAACAUCCAAUCAACAACAGCCAGAAUUCAUUAACUAUUCUCAAAUCAAAACCAUCGAUAGCAAACAAGAAUUGGAAAAAGUAUCGCCAUAUGGAAAUAAUAAUUCCAUAGAAGAAGUCUAUUGUCAUAGGACAUCAGUUUCGGAUCUAAAAGGCGAUAAGCAACCACGAAACGAAACGAUUCUCUACGAGUACGAAGUAAAUCCUUUAGUGAACAACACAGGUUUCUACGAUAACAAUUCUAACUACGGAGUUCUAAGCUAUUUUGAUAAUAGCCUGCCUGCAACAAACAACAACGUCCAUCAUGAUUCAGGCUAUUCAUCUGGCAGUCAAGGUCAAGGCUACACAUACGAGGGUUACCAUAACCACCACCAUCACCACCAUCAUCAAAUUCCGAAUGUUAUGAAUGCUUCGGCGGCGGCUUACUACGGCCACAAUGUGUAGCAUCAGUAGAAUCUUCCUCGCAUAGAAAUAGAAAUAGUUAAAUCUCGUUUAUA